CAGAGUGCCCCGCGGGCCGGGCAGGUGAUGGAGGCGGCGACGGCCGUUCGCUGGUACAAGCGCAUGUCCUUGCUCUACGCCUUGGGGGCCUGGACCACCCUGGCCUCCGCCCUCGUCUACCACUGGAUGCGGCCACCACCCCCACCCCAACCCCAGGGGGACGGGCCAGACGACAGAGAGGAGCAAAGAGAAGAACACCCGGCCGAAAUGCCCAGUCCCAGGAAAGGAUUUCACGUGGAAACGACUUUCACUUACAGAGAAAACUUUGUGCCAUAUACCACUAGGAUCUUCAACCUUCUGAAAUCAUGGACUGGCGGGCCCGGCCCGGCAGAAUAACCUCCCCCGGACUCCGGAAAUCCCGGCUCCCCAGGCGGGGCUUGUGAGCCGACGGAAACGAUUUAUUUAAUAAGCCGGUGUGAAAACAGAACGUGACUCUCCGGUGAAAUCACGAAGGCCGAGACCGGCCGAGAUCUGGGGGCGGUCUCCGCUCUUCCCUCCGGAGAUUGGCCGGGCCAAGGCCCGCCCUUUCGACUCCCAAGAUGGACGUCGUCUCUCCGUCCGUCGUGGGUGGCUCGGAGGCCUUUCUUUGGGGAAUUCACUUGGAGUUUCAUUAAAUUGCUUACCCUACGAUG